UUGGUCUCCUCCCUUGCAAUUACUACUUACGGGAUGGUUCUCUCAUUUAUUCUGGUGCAAAAUCGCCAGGGGAAGACGCGGCUCGCGAAAUGGUAUGCGCCGUAUAGCGAUGAAGAAAAAGUCAAGCUAAAGGGCGAGGUCCAUCGCCUGGUCGCCCCGCGAGACCAGAAAUACCAGUCCAAUUUCGUCGAGUUCAAGAGGAGUACCAAGGUCGUCUACCGGAGAUAUGCGGGGUUAUUCUUCUGCGCCUGCGUCGAUGCAACCGACAACGAACUGGCCUACCUCGAAGCGAUCCAUUUCUUUGUCGAGGUGUUGGAUCAGUUCUUUGGCAACGUCUGUGAGCUGGACUUGGUGUUCAACUUCUACAAGGUAUACGCUAUUCUGGACGAGGUGUUCCUUGCAGGAGAGAUUGAAGAAACAAGCAAGCAAGUUGUUUUGACAAGGUUGGAACACUUGGAUAAGCUGGAAUGAGGGACAUAAUAUUGGGGGGUUAUAGCAAGAAGGGAGAAGUAUAAAGAUCGCUACAUGGCGAUACAAUUGCAUAUAUGACCACGGGAUAUGGUCAAGAGGAGUUAGGGGUUCAUUAGGCUGAUAUCAAGUCUGGGCGUGUUUCUUUAUAUAUCAUUAUUGCAUGCGGUUGUUUCCAAUGUUGUAUGUGGUUGGCGACUGUUAAUACCCUUUCUGGAUUACCUGCAUCCCUACUGUCCAAUCGAGUAGAUUCCAUUCAAAU